GUGGAGUGAGGGAGGGAAACGCAGUCAGAGCCGGCCACUGACAGUGCUGCUCUACUGAGGACACGGUGAGUCUGAACUGUUCAGUCCACAGUGAAGAAGAAACCGAGAGACACAGAGAGAGUGGGGAAAGACCCUCCAGUGAACUGCACAAUCUCCUCACCUCCAACUCCGUUACUCUAAGUCACACAUGCAGGAUGAAGGUUGUCUGGGCAUUGAUUUUCUUGGCAGGGUGCGCAUUGCUGGUUGUGGCCUUUCAGGCUAUGCAGCAGGAGAUCGACAUUCACAGAAUGAGAAAACUAAUUAUUUUAAACACUGAAGAUGUGAAGACAAAGGAGGAUGAAAUCCUGAGUUCCAAAGGGGCAAUGCAGAAACUGACCAAAGAGCUGGUUCCACUGGACAAUCAGAAAAAUCAACUGACAAAGAAGAUGGAGGAGCUGGGGAAACAGAAAGAAAGCUCUGAGCAAAACCUGAACACCUGCCGAACACAGAAGGUAAAGAAAAUGACAGAAAGUAAUUCUUAGUAAUUAUGUUGUAAGUUAGAGCUGAUUUAUAUAGUUCUAGCUGAUCAGGGCUGUUUAGUUCAGGUUGUUUGUCUUGACUCUGAAGAACUGGACCACUGUUGGUGAAUUAUUUAAAAUUACAGUCUGCUGAAGAUUAUAUCUUGUAAUAUACUGUAGUAUGAAUCAGUGCUCCAGUGCCACAGGUUUCCGUGGUAUAUACUGGGAACAAACACAAAAGUUUUGUCUUCUUAUUUACCUAUUCUUAAUUAGCAAUAUGGAUCCAGAAUGUACAAUCUAAAUUCCAAGUCAUUUUGACUGAGAGUGUUGAUUGCAAAAAUGUUUCCAGGCCUACAAUCAGUGCAAUCUUGUGGUAAAAAAGAAGAAGAAGAAUACUGGAAAAAAACAACUUUGACUGUCUUUACUUUUUCCCUAUAAAGACCAAGAGCCUUAAGCAAUUUGUUAUACUGUAACAUGCAUUGCAUUGUGCUACACAUGCUGACUGUAUGUUACAAUGCUGUACUGUCAGUACUGUGAAGCACCAUGCUAUUUAUCGGUGUUUGAAAUGAGAAAUAGGGUGGUGCAUUGACACAGUGGGUAGCAUUGCCAUCUCCCAACUCCAGGGUGCCUGGCUAAAUCCUCAGCUUGGGUUACUGUGUGGAGUUUCACAUGUUCUCUUAACCACGUGGGUUUCUUCUGGUUACUUCCCAACUCUAUAUUGCCCCUACGUGUGCAAGUGUGUGAAUAUGUGUGAAUGUGUGCGACUGUGUGUGUGUGUGUGUGCUGCCAUGGGAUGGACCAGCAUACCGUCAAACGUGUAUCCCUCUCUUGUGCAGAGGGGAUGGGAUCUGAAUCCAUCACAACCCUGACCAGGAUAUAGUGGUUACUGAAGAUAAAAGAGAGUGAGAAAUAAUUGUAUUAAUAAUUAUAAAUCAAUUUAUCCUAAAUUUCAGUGUGUUUAAUAAGACAGUAUAUUUUUGCCUCCAGAUGAUUUGCUUCAAAAUGAUUAAACUUCUGUUUAUUAGUUAAAGAUAUCUUUACAAAAGACUAUCCAAUGAGUGUAAUGUAGUGAUUUUUCAAAGAUACUAAAUGUUAGUAUUUAUACUAAAGACCAUUUUAGUAUCUUAGAGCAGUGAGCAAUACUUCAGAGGUGCCGAUCAAUUAUUUACAUGUAUUACUGCCUGCUUUAAAAUAACUUUGACCUGACGGCUUUAACUACCAAGCACAAAAGGCACAAAUAUAUUCUUUCCUGUUCAUGGCUCAACAUGCAUAAAGGGAAGUACAUUUUCAUCAGUGCUGAUGUCUGAACAGUCACACUCUGCCGCAAUGUACGCACACAAGUUUUCACAGUGUUACUCAGCCUCCUGCUCUGUGAGAGAUAGCAUUGUACCAUGUGAAAUAAAUACUGUGACUGAAAGAAAACACCACAGUACACUCCUGGGCAAAAAAAAGGGCCAAGCCCAAAAUGGUGAGUCUACACUGUGCAGUCCACAGUAAAGAAGAAACCGAGAGACACAGAGAGAGUGGGGAAAGACCCUCUAGUGAACUGCACAAUCUCCUCACCUCCAACUCCGUUACUCUAAGUCACACAUGCAGGAUGAAGGUUGUCUGGGCAUUGAUUUUCUUGGCAGGGUGCGCAUUGCUGGUUGUGGCCUUUCAGGCUAUGCAGCAGGAGAUCGACAUUCACAGAAUGAGAAAACUAAUUAUUUUAAACACUGAAGAUGUGAAGACAAAGGAGGAUGAAAUCCUGAGUUCCAAAGGGGCAAUGCAGAAACUGAGCGACCAGCUGGCUCCACUGGACAAUCAGAAAAAUCAACUGACAAAGAAGAUGGAGGAGCUGGGGAAACAGAAAGAAAGCUCUGAGCAAAACCUGAACACCUGCCGAACACAGAAGACAGAUGCUGAGCAGAAGAAAACAGAAAGAACUUCUGCAAUCAAUACACUAAAGACAAAUCAGAACGCUGAGAUACAGAAAGUGCAGGAGGAGAUUCAGAGUUUGCAGAAACAGAUUCUGGAUAGAGAUACAAAGAUCUGUUCGUAUGUGGAUAAAGAGCGGGAAGAGGGAAGGACAUUGUGUGAGGACAAAAUGGCUGCCAGUAAACAAUAACAAGGAUAAAAAGGAAAACCAGGAAAACUUUAUUAAAACAUUUGUUAUUUUUCAUCUCCCAUAGCUUAGACAUAUACGUUUGUUCCAUCACUAGUGUAGUAAUAAAAAUUGAUGAUAUUUGCACUCAGGACUACUCUGUGGACUACUCCUGUGUGUUUUAGUAUGGACUAUAGUUUCUAAGUUGUACACUUACAGUUGUACACGGAAGUCCUCAUGGUUAAAUGCCUGGUUAAAUGCAUUGUUACAUUUUGAACACAAUAAGACUUUAUUAAACACACAUUUAAGACUUAUCAAAUGUGAGUAGACAGCUCACACCAAAAGUGUAAGUAAUAAAGCUAAUAGAGACCAAGUUAUUCCAAUUUAAGUGUGCCAGUUGCUGCAUAUUUACAUAUAGACACACCCACAAUCAUCCAUAAAUGCUAUGUAAACAUCUGCUUGUAUGUAAAAUCACCUAUAAAGUGUAUAACCACUUGUGAAUCCAGAGCCAGUCCCAGGAACACUAGGCAUAAGGCAGGAAUACAACCUGGAUUGGAUGCCAGUCCAUCACAGAGCACCAUUCACACACACACACACACGCAUACAUACAUACAUUUGCAUGGUAUGUAAAUGUGUAUUUACAUUUACAUACCAUGCAAAUGGUAUGUAGGGGCAAUUUACAGUAUAAAGCAUAUUUUUGGCAAGUGAGAUGAAUGCACACUGCACCUAAAUAGGUUGUAGAUUCGGUAAUGCCAAUCACACCUCUAAUAAAUCGAAUGUUAAAAUCAUACAUAUAUACAUACAUAUACAUAUAUACAUAUAAGAUCAUUUCCCGUUAACACAGGUGUUAGCCUCAGACUGAAUAAAAUACAGUUAUGUAAUAGGCAGCACGGUGGAACAGUGGUUACAAUUGCUGCCUCACAGCUCCAAGUAUGAAUAAGUGUGUAAAUGAGUAUGUGAAUGAGUGUGUGCAUGAGUGUGUGCAUGAGUGUGUGCAUGGUGCCCUUGGGGCUGACGUCCCACCCAGCCAUAUUCUUGCUUCAUGGUCUGUGUUCCCAGAAUAUGCCCAGGAUCCACCUGGCAAAGUGGUUACUGAAGAUGAAAGAAUUAGUUAUGCAAUAAACAUAUUUUAAUGUUCAA